AUGACCAGAGAUAUCAAGAACCACUACCUGUUUGAAGUGGCUACAGAGGUCGCCAACAGGGUUGGUGGGAUCUAUUCGGUUUUGAAGUCGAAGGCGCCAGUGACCGUGGCCGAGUACAAGGAGAAAUACAUGCUUUUAGGCCCGUUGAACUACAAAAGUGCGUCUGUUGAGGUCGAAGAGUUGCCUGUGACAAACAAGGCAUUGAAAGAGACAUUGGACUCGAUGGAGAGCAGAGGUAUCAAGUACCUGUACGGCCGGUGGCUAAUUGAAGGAGCCCCAAGGGUCAUCUUGUUUGAUCUUGGCUCUGCAGCUUACAACAUGAACGAGUGGAAGACUGACCUUUGGAACAUUGCGGCGAUUCCGACACCCGAAACCGACACGGAAACGAACGAUGCUGUUCUACUUGGUUAUUUGACUGCGUGGUUUAUUGGCGAGUUCAGCUGCCACCAGACGGAAAAGGCCAUCAUACUUCAUGCCCAUGAGUGGUUGGCAGGUGUCGCCUUGACUCUUUGUAGGCAAAGAAAAAUCGACUGCUCAACUAUUUUCACCACCCAUGCAACAUUGUUAGGUAGGUAUCUAUGUGCUGGCUCUGUUGAUUUUUACAACAAUUUGGACAAGUUUGAUGUCGAUUACGAGGCGGGCAAAAGAGGCAUCUAUCACAGAUAUUGCAUUGAAAGGUCUGCAGCACACGCAGCCGAUGUCUUUACCACCGUUUCCCAUAUCACGGCAUAUGAGAGUGAACAUUUGCUCAAGAGAAAGCCAGACGGCGUUUUACCAAACGGUUUGAAUGUCGUGAAAUUUCAAGCAGUACACGAGUUCCAAAACCUGCAUGCCGAAAAGAAGGAGAAAAUCAACGAGUUUAUCCGAGGCCACUUUUACGGCCAGCUGGAUUUCAGCUUAGACAAUACGCUGUAUUUCUUCAUUGCAGGCCGUUACGAAUACAGAAACAAGGGUGUUGAUUUCUACAUCGAGGCUUUGGCAAGAUUGAACCAUAAGUUGAAGGCUGCUAAUAGUAACUUGACUGUCGUUGCAUUCAUUAUCAUGCCUGCGAAAAAUAACUCUUACACCAUCGAAACGCUCAGGGGUCAGGCUGUAAUCAGACAACUGGAGAACACAGUGAAAGAUAUCCAAGAUGCGAUGAGCAAGAGGCUUUUGGGCUGGUGUCAAAAUCCUCUGCAUUUCAACGAUUCCAAUAGAACGGAGCUACCUGUUUUGGAUGACAUCCUCAAGUCUAGUGACAGGGUUUUAUUGAAGAGAAGAAUGAUUGCAAUGAAGAGAGACACGCUGCCAGCAAUCGUCACUCAUAACAUGAUUGACGAUUCUACCGAUCCUAUUUUGAAUCAAAUCCGUUCAUGCCAGAUGUUCAAUAGGAAGGAGGACAGGGUUAAAAUAAUCUUCCAUCCCGAAUUCUUGAACUCUUCGAACCCAGUUUUGCCCAUCGAUUACGACGAGUUUGUCAGAGGUUGCCAUUUGGGUGUUUUUCCAUCUUACUAUGAACCUUGGGGUUACACACCUGCAGAGUGUACCGUAAUGGGCAUUCCAUCCAUCACCACCAAUCUUUCAGGUUUUGGCUGCUACAUGGAGGAUCUCAUUGAAAACUCUAAGGAUUAUGGGAUCUAUAUUGUCGACAGGAGAAUGAAGUCUGUUGAUGAGUCGAUCAACCAGUUGAGUGAACAGAUGUUUGAGUUCACCCAAAAGACCAGAAGACAGAGAAUCAACCAAAGAAACAGAGUAGAAAGGUUGAGUGAUCUUUUGGACUGGAAGAGAAUGGGGUUGGAGUAUGUUAAGGCAAGAAUGCUUUCUUUAAGAAGAGCCUAUCCUGAAGAUUUCAGCCAGAACAUCAAUCCGUUCGAAAAUGACGAAAAGAUCAAGUUAACUCGUCCACUGAGUGUUCCGGGCUCUCCAAGAGACAACAAGUAUGGCGCCAUGACUCCCGGAGACCUCGGCACUUUGCAGGAAAGCAACGACUCCGACUAUCUCAACUGGUCUCUGAGAGAGGAUAACGACGAAGACGUCACUCUCAGAGGCGCUAGCGUGGCACCAAGCGACCACGAGGAGGAGUGA